AUGUCACACUUCCUCUACUUGACUCCACAAAUUCUUCUGCCCUUUAGCCCUCUUACUUCUCAAGAGUUUGAUCUGAUCCGAAUGAAGGCUGGGGCAUCUUGGCAGAAUGAAACAAGGUGGUCAGAUUCGUCUGUAACAACAUAUGCGGGCAGUUACUGGAAAAAGCAGCUGGAUGAUUCCACGUGCGGCCGACUUCAAGCAGGACAGCACUGGCCUGAGUGUAACCAGAUGUCAUUGCCAAACUGCUUUGCCCGCAGGGCUGGUCUCCAAGAGACCACAGAUGUUAAAGGACUAUUCCUUCAUAUAACCAGUUCCUUUAAAAAUUCAUUUGAUGUCAAGCAUGGAGUGGCGCACCAGAUUCUGUCUGGGGAUUUUCCUCUAGCACCUCCAAGUUAUGAAAGAACCUAUGUGAGAAUUAAAAAGCCAGCAUCUGACAACCUGAUGAAGUACAGUCGACUAAGGAGAGAGUUCCCGAAGCAUCUUCGGGGACCAUGUAAUUCUACAAGCAAGACUAGCUCAUCUGAAGACUCAGAAGCUGAUCAAUACUCCGUUUACAGUCUGGGAGGACCGUUCUCAUCAUUUAGCUGA